AUGGAUGCCACGCGGGCAGAAGGAUGUUCUUCCUCUUCCAUACCCAUCCCACCGCAAUGGGUAUACGACAUCUUCGUGAGUUUCAGAGGUGCCGAUACUCGUAAAAACUUUACCAGCCAUCUGUUUGCUGCUUUAGAGGACAAUGGUUUUCGCACAUUCAGGGACAACAAAGAGCUCGAAAGAGGAGAAUUUAUUAGCGGUGAACUACUGAAAGCAAUUGAGGGUUCCAGAAUUUCUUUAAUAGUGUUCUCAAAAGACUAUGCUAGGUCGAGGUGGUGCCUUGAUGAACUUGUGCAGAUCAUGGAUUGCAGGGAGACUUUGAAACAAAUUGUUGUGCCUAUCUUUUAUGAUGUUGUUCCAUCUGACGUGCGGAAGCAGACAGGGGUUCUUCAAGACGCAUUUACCGAACAUGAAAAGCAUUUUAGAGAUGGAUUGGAUUGCAAGGUCGGCAAUUGCUGA